AGUUGUUGGAGAGAAGACACAGACUUGACUCCUGAUCACACAAACCAACUCCAGCAUCUUGUCUUGACUACUGAUCACACAGACCAACUCCAGCAUGUUGUCACUGAAGAGGUCCUUGGCUCUGGCUGUAAUCCUGUGUUCACUGCUGCCACUGUGCCAUGCUAGCUGCUGGUUUAAACAAGCUGAACCAGGCAUGAGGCAGUGUCUUUACGACAAUGAUGGGACGUGGCAUGAUAUCGGGUCCAGCUGGAGGACCAGUGAUUGUAUGAGAUGCUUUUGUCAAGCAAAUGGGGACAUGGGAUGCUGCCAGACGUAUUCUGAGCCCAUAGUUUUUCCUGAUGAUUGCAUGAAGGAGUUUGACCAAAAGGCAUGUAAAUACAACGUGUUCAAGAAGAAUGAUCGCUCCAUUCCUUGCCCUAUCUCCGGCGGUAAAGGGAAGUGAUGUGUCUUCUUCACCUUGCUCUCAAUAAACGGGAAAUGAAAGA